ACAAACCGGGGCUGCCCGCGGCGUGCCUUACUCCAAAAGCAGAUCCUGGGUUAGAGGGCCUGUCUCGGGCCUCCUCCACACCGCUGAAGAAAACCUCACAUUUUCUGAACUGGAAUAUAUAGCAGAUAACCCAGGUUUCUAUGCAAACGACCUCCCCUCAUGCAAUGCCAGGCGCUUACGCUUGGGGCAGCCGAGAGCCGGAAGUUGUUUUCGGAGGCGGAGGUGCCUGCGCGUGAAUGGGAAGCUGGCAUCCGGGUCCUUUUUCCCAGCAUGGAGAGUGAUGGCGGCUCGGAGGCGUCUUCUUCGGCGGCGGCGCGUCUCUUGGGCCAAGGCCGGGAGUUCCUGGACUUCUUCUGGGAGGUCGCCAGGCCCGAGCAGGAGAGGCGUGUGGCCGCCACCGAGGCACUCCUGGCCCACCUGAAGGAGAGGAGGAAGGAUAGCGACCUGUUGAAAUACACUUUGAAGCGCCUGGUUGUGGGAUUAGGAGCCACGCGAGAGGCAUCCCGUCCUGGAUUCAGCCUGGCCUUGGCACAGGUUUUGCAAGGUUUGGAAGAGAUCCCCCUCCUCUCGGCUCUGGAAGAAAUCAAGGAGAAAUACAGUCUUGGCAAAGUGAAGAAGAAGCUCUUCCGAAAUGCUCUAUUUGGAAACUUCUUUGGAGUCUUGGCUCUGUUCCAGUCGGGACGUCUUGCAAAGGAGCCCAAGGCCCUCGCCGAAUGUGUCCAGCUCCUCCAAAGCCUUUCUGAGCAUCAUGCCCACCUGAAGGACCUCCCCCGCAAGACGCUGGCGGACAUUGUCGCCGAGAUCCCGGAAACCGUGUUUGAAGAGGUGCUCUUUAGCGUCUUGGAAGACGAGCUCAGCUCCGCUUUCCACACCCCGGGGCAGCUGUACCUUUUGCUGGUGGGCAUCCAGAAGUUCCCAAGGGUUCUCCGUCCAGAAAAGCUGAAGGCGCUCUUAGGCACGUCUGCUGUCGUCACCGAGGAGAAUGUUCCCCGACUGGUGGAGGUGUUGAAAAUGGCGGCCAAGACUGAACGCAAGGAUCGGGUCCUUCCGACCGUCGGCUUGGACUUGAUGAAGGUGGCCCUGAAGGAAGGCCGCUUUGAGCUCUUCUGGACAGACGUCGUGGAGAACGGGCUGCUCGCGGACCACGCCGGGCCCUGCAGUUAUAUGUGCUACCGGUUGCUGGGCAGCGCUCUCCCGCUCUUAUCCCUCAAGCAGCUCAAGAUGGUUCUUCAAGGGGAAGUUAUGCGACACUAUGGGAUCCAUGUUGUGUCAACGAAGCUCCCCAACAGGUUUAAGUUUGCCCCAGAAAUGGAACUCUUGGUGAGCUCGUUCCUCGAAGGCUGCGACGACCCGAAGAAGCAGUUGGCCGUCAUGGUGGGCUUCUCCACCCUCACCAACCACGGCUACCCUGUGGUGCCCAGCUUCUGGAGGGUGGUGAGGCAUUUGCUUCCCGACACCCUGCUCAACUACAUCAGCUGGAUCAAGAGCAUGUUUCUGGCGCCGGACCUCGACUGCUGCGUGGAGUUUGCCACCAAGCGGCAGGAGCAGAACGAGAAGAAGACGGACACCGAAUUGACGGAGCACAGCGUGACACGCCUGAGGAAGUGGCUCAUCGCCCGUCUUGUUGGGAUCGCUGAAAAUCCACAGAUAAAGAGGGAAGAAGAGUUUGUGACUGAUAUUGCCAGGUUCUGCUUCUUCCAUGCAUUUUUCAAGACCAGGAAACCAACUUCCAAAAUACCAGAGACGGAAACCAUCCCCUCGGUGCCUCUGAAUGAGUCGACUCGUGCAGUGACGGCAGAUUCAUUUUUCAGUUUGCUUCAGCACCUGAACACCAUGCCUGCCCUGGGGGAGUCAGCCGAGGCAGAAGAGAUGCGGAAGAAGCACCUCCACGGCUUGGCGGCCAGCGGGGAGCCGUGGAUCUACCUGGCCGUCCAGUACGCCAAUACUCUCCUCUCCAACAAGAAGCACGUCGAAGCCGUGGCACCGUUCAGCGAAGAGGCCCAGUUCGCUUGGGACCGGAUGCUGCAGACGGUGGAAGCCCUUCGGAGGAGAGAGCAGAAGAGCCUCACCUUGAAGACCACCGCCUUCCAACACCUCUUGCUGCUGGUGGGCAUCCACCUCUUCAAGUCUCCUGCUGAGUGUGUGAACCUCCUGAACGACCUCCAGAACUGCACCAAGAGAGCCUUUGGAGAGAAAACUAAAAAGAAAACCUCCGUUUCUGCUGGUGGCGAAGACGAGGAGCCCGAAUGGGUGGAGGUGAUUGUGGAGGUGCUCCUCUCCCUUCUGGCACAGUCUAGCGCAUUGAUUCGGCGGGUCUGCAGAAGCGUGUUUGCGCUCGUGUGUCAGCACAUGACGGAGGCUGCUCUGCAACUCAUUCUGGAUGUUCUUGACCCACAACAAGACCAGGAUGAAGAAAGUGCUGUUGUGGUUGUCGAAGAGGCCCAGAAGACAAAGAAGAAAUCUUUGCCAGAUGAGGAGAGUGACGAUGGGAGCAGCGGAGAGAGUUCUGCCGAGGAAGACAGCUCGGAGGAGGACAACGCUCCGGAGACGGACAGCGAAGCCGAGGGCGAGGCGGACGAGGCCUUCCGCUCCAUGCUGACCAACGUUUUGCAGGCCGGAAAUGCACUGGGCGGGGACGACAGCGACGAGGACUUUGACGACGAGACCAUGAUGUCCCUCGACGGGAACCUCUCGGCCCUCUUUGCCGAGCAGCGGAAGCGGGUCCAGGCCAAAAAGGACGAGAAAGAAAAAAUCCGGAAGGAGAAGAUCUUGCGCCGGGAAUUCAAAAUUAAGGUCCUGGACUUGGUGGAGGUGUUUCUGACGAAGCAGCCCGAGAACCCGCUGGUCUUCCGCGUCAUCGAGCCCCUCCUCUCCGUCAUCGAGCAGAGCAUGAGCUCCGACUCGGGCAAGCAAGAGCAGGACUUCCUCCGCAAGACGGCCGACAUCUUCACGAACAGCUUGUGCAGAUCGAAGCAGUAUUGCAGAAACGUCGGGCCCAUCCAGGAGGAACUACACAACCAGCUGGAAAGUCUGGUGAAAAGAGCCUGCAAGCAGCGCGACUCCACCGUCGCCUUGUACUGUUUCAGUGCCUCUUUGUACCUCUGCCGGGUGCUGAAGGGGAAUGUGGGGGCUCACGAAGCGUCACCAAAAAAGAAGCCAAAGAGCGGUGGAGGAAGUGACGUGCCAGUUGCCCAGCCUCCUGUCAGCAGCCUCGAUCUGGACCGAGCGGCCAGUGCAUACAUGGAGGCCUUGAGCCUCUUUUUCAGCAAACGCAAAAACCCGCUGACGGGAUCUAUGUUCCUCGAUCUUUUCGAGCGGCACCCGAUCAUGUGCAAGCAGUUGAUCCCCACCGUCGUCAAGUCCAUCACGGAGGGAGCCAGGCAGCCCCAGCAGGCCCAGGCCUGUAUGCUUCUCCAGAAAGCUCUCCAGAUGCGGGAUUUCAAGCUCUCGCUCUCUGAAAAGGAGUGGGAAGAGCUGAUGAGAGACGGCACCAAGCAAGUCACCAAGACUUUGACGGCCAUGGGUGAAUUCAAGAUCAAGGUGGACCAAGAAAAGGUCAUCCGCUGCCUGGAGCUAUUGAGUUGUCUCAUCAAAAUGUCCAACAAACAGGGCCCGCCUUUGGACCUGACGGAGCUGCCGGCCGUUUUGCGUGUCCUGGGGGAGCAGCCCGGCUUUGGGAAGUCCGCCCGGCUCAACGACCUCUACUGGAACGUCAUGAAUUUCCUGGGCUUCGCCCGUCCAGCGAAGGAAAAGGCCCCGCCAAAGCCGACAGCUGAUCCUGAUCCGGCCCCGAAGAAGCGGAAGAAGAAAGGUUUCCUUCCAGCCACGAAGAUCCGCAAGAACCGCAAAAAGGCCACUCCGGUCUCAUCCCAGGAAGAAGAAGGAGCAAAGAGUGGGAGAAAAGAGGCCGUUGCGGGAAAGAAGAAGAAAAGGAAGAGGAGCCGAGGAGGAGGAGGAGGAGGAGGCGAUGGGCCCGAUCCCGCUCCCCUGGCAAAGAAGUCUCCCAUUGAGUCCAAAGAGAAUAAGGCCCAGCGGGGCAACAUCCUCGAAAAGAAGAGGAGGCUGAAGAAGAAGAAGAAAGGGAAGAAAGCAGGGGCUCCGCUGGCAAGAAACGGGCCUCUUUGAAUUUUUGGGGGAGCUUCGAGCGUGGAUACGGAAACCUAGCCAACACGGUCACUCUUUUGUGUACCGGCUGCACAUUUUAACAUUUUACGGCAAGAGCGAUUCAUACAUCGUCGAUUUUUCGCAUUGAUUUCCAUAUUUCUUUCUUUUUUUUCUUGUACGGUUUUAAAGAUAAAAUAUGUUUGGAAUA